CGAUGAAGAAACCUGCGACAGAGGAAUUAAGGGACUCUCGGUUCUGUACUCAAUCAGUUUAAUCUCAGAGGCGGCUUAUUCGAAAUCUCCAUUACAGAUUUUUCAGCACCAUUAUGGGUGCAAACAGGCAUCGAACUAGCAGUUUCUCUCGUAACAUUGCUGCUCCUGUGGCACCUAUUCCUGGAGUUAAACAUGGUCUCAAUGGAGCUAUGUUUCUUUCAUCUGGCAUAUGUGAUCUCGAUAGGAUUUUGGGUGGUGGGUUCUCGAUGGGGAGCCUUGUGUUGGUGAUGGAGGACCUUGAGGCACCUCAUCAUAUGCUUUUGUUGAGAAAUUUCAUGUCUCAGGGUAUUGUUCUCAAACAGCCACUGCUUUAUGCCAGUCCUGAAAGGGAUCCCCGUGUUUUUCUUGGUACUUUGCCAAGUCCAAUGCCUUCCAAGGACGACAAAUCCCUAGAGAGGGACGUAGAACAGGACAAGGGUUUACGGAUCGCUUGGCAAUACAAAAAGUAUUUUGGGGAUCAUAGUUCAGAUGGUCAGCAAGGUGGGAGAGAUGAAUAUUGCAAUGACUUUGACCUGCGAAAGCCAUUGGAGCGGCAUUUCCUUACUGGGCCACACAUUGAUUGCUUUAGUCUUCAGGGUUUUCCCAAUCUAGACCCUCUUCGUCAGACUUGCUCAAAAUUCUUUGCACAAAUUCCAAGAUAUGAUGGCAACAUGGCUUACCCGGGUAGAAUUGCCAUUCAGUCACUAUGUGCUCCUCAGUGUGAGUUUUCCAACAAUGAGUGGGAUAUACUUUCCUUCAUCAGAUCUUUGAAAUGCAUGAUAAGGUCCUCAAAUUCAGUAGCAGUCGUAACUGUUCCUUCUUCUCUUAUUUCACCAACCUUCUUGAAGAGGUUGCAGCAUCUAGCUGACACUUUGAUAUCCGUUCAACCAAUUCCAGACGAGGACAAGGAGUUGGCAAAGCUUCUGACAGGUUACCAGGACAUGCUUGGCCUUCUCAAUAUGCACAAGGUGGGACGUCAUAAUACGCAGGUUCCUGUGGUUCUUGAGGCAACCACAUUCUCGAUUAAGCUCCACAAGCGACGGUCAUUGGUUUUGGAGUGUCUAAAUCAAGCCCCUGUUGAUGGUUCAAGUGGGACUUCAUAUGGUUCGGUAGGUAGUUGCUCCGGGAGUUACCAAACAGGGCCCUUGGACUUUUAGUUGCUUCUACAUGGUGCCUGCCUACUGUCAAUUUUCAGGAGCGUGAACAUAUUUAAGUUAAUACAUCAUGUAAUGGUCAAACGUCUGAUUUUGUAACACAUCAUAGGUGAUCUGAUCUUAUUUAGGGAUGACGUGUCGUUCCCAAGGGGCGACCGGCUUAGUUGAUACUCAUUACUCAUCAUUGCAUCGUCUUUGCUAUUUGCGGAAGUGUCAUUGAGAACAUUUGAUGUACAUCAGUUAGAUUUGAAGUGAAGUUUAUAUAAACAAACUAACGAUGAACAUUAAUUACAUAAGAAAGUUGUCCAGAACAAGCGAUCUUAAAAGUGAAAACAUUUAAACUUUAAUCCGU